CUGUAAACAUGUGAACAUGUGGACUGUUGUGUAAAAGUGGUAAUUAUUUUGGACUAAUUCGAGAAGAUAAACCCAAUAUGGCUUGGAACCAGUCAUCUAAGAAGAAAAUGCAUUCUAAAAAAAACAGAAAUACUAAACAGUGCCUAGUUUUCGAUGAAAAUGCUAGACGGGAAUAUUUAACAGGUUUUCGGAAAAGGAAAGAUGAAAGGAGAAGGAUAGCAGCAGAAAAUUUGCUCAGAGAAACGAAGGAAGAAAAGAAAAGGUUAAAACAACAGAUCAGGGAUAUGAUGAAGUCACGGGUAGACAAUCAGCCAUCUGUACCUGAGAUACAACACCUGCUUGACCCUACAGUGUAUGAUCUGCCCUCCCACACUGUCACUGUCACAGACGUGUCUGAGGUGGACCUGACAGGCAAAGAUGGACUCUGGCUGGGCCAGAAUACGUUCAGAGACGAAUCUGGUGGGGAGACGGAAGAGGGGAAGAAACUCUCCUCGAAUGAAGCUACUGACAAAUCCAAGCAGAUCAGACAAGAUCCCAAGGAAGUGAAGAGGUUGAAGAGAAAAAUGGCCAAAGUGGGACAGAACAAUUUUAAGAAAUUGAAACAAACACAACAAAAGAAAUCAAGAAGAAGACAGAAACGGGCAUCAAAACCUUCCAGGGGAAAAAGGAAGAAAUAAAAUUUGAACCCAAAUACAUAAGAACCACAACAAACUGUACUUCCCAAUUUUUCAUUU